GCCAGGUUGCAAGAGGCCUUCCGCAACGGGACGUCGCCGUACAUGCCCGGUUGCCUCGGGGGCGUGGACCUGGGCGUGGACCUCGGCCCCCUGCUGGACCUUACGGCCAGCAGCUGCGGUAGCGAGCUCCGGGCCGCCGCCGCGAGCGCGGCGGCGGAGCCCGCCCCCAACCCCACGGGUGCGGCGCUGGAGCAGCAGGUGGCCCUGGACCUGACGGCCAGCAGCGCGGCGCCAAGCCCGAGGCGGUUGUCUCAGACGGAGGUCGAGGACGCCGCGGGCCAGGCUGCGCAGGCGGACCGGUGUGCCGCCGCCGCGGUAGAGGUGCCCGCCCAGCUGCCAGCCGGCACGGGAAGAAAGCACGAGGUGCAGGUGGAGCCCGAGGCCAUCGCGCAGGCGCAGCCGCAGAGCGCCCAGGCCGAGCAGUACUACAUCGGCGAGGAGGCCCCAGAAAACGACGUGCAGGCGCGGGCCAGCCCGGGGUUCGUCGCGGAGGAGGUCGACGCGCCCGCUGGCGCCGCGAGCGGCGGCGAUGCCGUCGGACGGACGAGGACGCAGGACUCCGCCCUGGACCUUGAGGACUCUGGGUCGGACGGCAGCCCAGGAGGGGCCACAAGUAUCGCCUGCCAGCUGCUGGUGCAGCGGUCGUCGUGGCUCGCCCUCUGA